AUGUCUUUUAAUGGAGUGGCCGUGGAAAAUGGCCUGAAGCACAAUGGUGAGAAAAAUGGAAUCUACCAGAACAGUUCAAAUCAUCAGCCACAUCGAAUGACUUACGAAGAGGAAUUUUCCCAAAAUUACCCGGAGGUCGACAAUUUGGAUGGUGUUAGGUAUCCGGAUGGCUCGGUGCGUCUCCGGAAUCCGAAUAUUGAACUCAUGGAUCAAGACAUAUUGUACCACCUGGCGCUGGGAAGUGGCUCCCAUGACUUGGUCGAGAUGUUUGGGGAUGUUAAGUUUGUCUGCAUGGGCGGAACUCCCAAACGAAUGGAGCAGUUUGCCUACAACAUAAUGGCAGAAAUUGGCCACAAAUUGCCAUGUGGGACUACUCUGCAGGACAUCAGUCAUUUUUCCUACCGCUACUCUAUGUAUAAAGUUGGACCUGUGCUGUCUAUAAGUCAUGGUAUGGGAAUUCCAUCAGUGGGCAUUCUACUCCACGAAGUCAUAAAGCUUAUGUACCACGCUAAAGUUCGGGACCCCGUGUUCUUCAGGAUAGGGACUUGUGGCGGUAUCGGUCACGAGGGUGGUACAGUGAUCAUUUCAGAGGAAGUCGUUGAUGGAGCACUUCGUAAUGUCCUUGAAUUGACGGUUCUUGGAAAGACGCUUCAAAGACCAGCAAAAUUGGAUAGAAGGCUUGCACGAGAACUCAAGGCCAUGGGAGAUCCAGAGGAUCCUUAUGACACAGUGACAGGCAAAACUAUGUGCACUUACGAUUUUUAUGAAGGUCAAGGUCGUCUAGACGGUGCCUUCUGCGACUUCACAGAAAAUGAUAAAAUGGAAUAUUUGGAGAGUAUUCAUAAAUCGGGUGUGGUGAAUAUAGAAAUGGAGUCGUUGGCUUUCGCAGCACUAACUCAUCAUGCUGGUAUUAAGGCAGCUGUCAUCUGCGUCACGCUAUUGGACAGAUUGAAAGGAGAUCAGGUUCUAGCUCCAAAGGAAGUCUUGGAUGAGUGGCAGCAACGUCCGACAAAACUUGUUUCUCGCCACAUUAAAAGAUACCUACAGAUGAAAGGUCGUCUGUCCUUAGACGGACAUGGUUCUAUCGCUGUAAAGAGUCCACGUAGAUUCAAGCUGGUCCAGCAAGAGUCUGAAACCUACGACUAA